UAGUGUGAACGAGGCCAUCAUGUGGCCUUCAUCAAGAAAGUCGCAUCCGUCUUCAUACUUCUCGAUCUCACCUUCCACGUUGGUUUUCGUACUUCUCACCCCUUUGCUCCUCAUCUUCUUAAUACUAUGCAGUUUAGGCCCUCAAAAAUCCACGUUGUUACCGUCGUUUCCAUGGAAACCUCUAGAGCUAUUAAGCUCGUUUUCUAUGGGUUUGUCGACCGGCAAAGUUGGAGAUGAUCAUGACCGUAGCAACUUCAACGUGUCGAUCUCAUUGCAGGAUAAAAGACUAGAGUUGUCGAGUGCAGAAAGACGAGGAUUCUUGACGAGUGGAAUACACAGAAUUAGGUACGGCAGAUCAGAGAAGGUUGAGGCCAUUUUAGCUAAAGCACGAUAUUCCAUUAGAGAGGCUGCAAGAAAUAAUAACCGUAGCUUCAUCUCAUCAUCAUCAGGCAGUGACUAUGUGCCUCAGGGCCCUAUCUACUUUAAUGCUAAUGCGUUUUAUAGGAGCUACACAGAAAUGGAGAAAGUGUUCAAGAUUUACGUGUACGAAGAAGGGGAAGCUCCAAUAUUCCACGGCGGUCCGUGCCGGAGCAUAUACACGACGGAGGGAAGGUUCAUCCAUGAAAUGGAGAGGGGAGAGCUAUAUCGGACGAGGGAUGCCGAGGAAGCCCACGUCUACUUCAUGCCGUUCAGCGUGGUUGCGAUGGUGCAGUAUCUGUAUGAGCCUGGUGCAGUUGAUAUGGAUGCCAUGGGCAACACUUUGGCCGAUUAUGUGCAUACCAUUGCCCACAACCACCCCUUCUGGAACCGGAGUCUUGGGGCUGAUCACUUCAUGCUCUCUUGCCAUGAUUGGGGGCCUUACACAAGUUCAUAUGUGCCACUCCUAUUCAACAAUUCCAUAAGAGUCUUGUGCAAUGCCAAUACUUCUGAAGGCUUCAACCCUAUUAAAGAUGCAACCCUACCGGAAAUCAACCUCAAGUUUGGCGAAAUCACUGGUCUUUUAGGCGGCCCGCCGCCCUCGGAAAGGUCCAUUCUAGCCUUCUUUGCAGGGGGGCUGCAUGGCGACAUAAGGCACAUUCUAUUAGACCAUUGGAAAGAAAAAGACCCUGACAUACGAGUCUACGAGAAGCUCCCCCCCAACGUUUCGUACGAAGCAAUGCUGAAGAACAGUAAGUUCUGCCUUUGCCCUAGUGGAUAUGAAGUCGCCAGUCCACGAAUCGUGGAGGCUAUUUAUUCAGAGUGUGUGCCGGUCCUGAUAUCUGAUCACUACGUCCCCCCGUUCAGCGAUGUGUUGAACUGGAAAAAGUUCUCGAUCGUGGUGGGAGUCGAGGAUAUACCGAACAUUAAGACUAUCUUGAUGGGGAUUUCUAGGGCUAAGUACUUGAAAAUGCAGAUGAGAGUGAAGCAAGUGCAAAGGCAUUUUGUUUUAAAUGGAACUCCUAAGAGAUUUGAUCUUUUUCAUAUGAUUGUUCACUCCGUCUGGCUCAGGAGACUGAACCUCAGGCUACGUGCUUCGGUGUAGUGAAAAAUUUUGAUCAUAAUAGGUGAUCCAUGGACGAGAUGUAAGCGGAUCCAAAGGAAGGAUCAUAGCCGCUUAUUAUCAUGUGAUGUUUAUAUGUCAACGUCAAGAUCUCUGGUCCCAGUAGCUCCUAAAGAUGACUACUCUUGAUGAUAUGGGAUUUAUUGCUCUUGAAUUUGAUCUUCAGUUGUCAAUUUGUAGUAAAACUAGGGAUA